GCUGACGGCCGCCCGGGCUGCGCUCAUUGAGCCCCGCAGGUCCGCAGCGUUCGGUGCUCUGCGCCGGAGACCGAAGACACACGUCCCAGAGAGAGAGAGAGACGGACAGAGAGACAGAGGGAGACAGAGAGUCCGUCCUGCGCUGCUGUUGGAUUUGGUUUCAAUUCUCCGAUCUGCAGCUGUUAAAUCAACAACAUGGCCGAAUGGAAGGUGGAUAACGUUGUGAGGAGCGGGAUGGUGGCACUCAUGCUCCUGUGUAAUAUAACAAAGAUAUUGGUGAAGGCGAGCCCGGAGGCCAAUGAGAGCCAGCAGCAGCAUCCAACCAACGUCUACCACGACAUUGGAACCACCAGGAACAAGAUCGUUACGGCACAGUUUGAGUGCUAUCAAAAGAUAAUGAAGGACGAUAUCGAAGACAGACAAGAGCCCAUGUGUAAUCGCACUUGGGAUGGCUGGCUGUGUUGGGACGACACCACGGCGGGUGUGAACUCCGAGCAGAACUGCCCAGACUACUUCCAGGAUUUUGAUCCUUCAGAGAUGGUUAUGAAGAUCUGCACCGAGAGCGGCCAGUGGUUCCUGCAUCCGGAGAGCAAUCGAACAUGGACCAACUACACCCGCUGCAAUGAACACACCAAUGAAAGCAGAGUGACUGCAAUGAAUCUUUUCUACUUAGCUCUCAUAGGACAUGGCCUGUCACUGACCUCCCUCUUCAUCUCCCUCGGGAUAUUCUUCCAUUUCAAGAGUUUAAGUUGCCAAAGGAUCACGCUUCACAAAAACCUCUUCUUCUCCUUUGUUCUGAACUCUGUGAUCACCAUCAUUUGGUUGACAGCGGUUGCAAACAACCAGGAGCUGGUGCAGAGGAAUCCAACGAGCUGUAAAGUGUCCCAGUUCGUUCAUCUGUACCUGUUUGGAUGCAAUUACUUCUGGAUGCUGUGUGAGGGCAUCUACCUGCACACCCUCAUCGUGGUGGCUGUGUUUGCUGAGAAGCAGCACCUGAUGUGGUACUAUCUUCUAGGCUGGGGCUUUCCUCUCAUUCCGGCUUGCAUACAUGCGGUUGCUCGAAGUUACUACUACAACGACAACUGUUGGAUAAGCUCCAAAACGUCGCUGCUCUACAUCAUCCACGGCCCCAUCUGUGCCGCUCUUUUGGUCAAUUUGUUCUUCCUGCUGAACAUUGUGCGAGUACUCAUCACCAAGCUGAAGGUGACCCACCAAGCGGAGUCCAGUCUCUACAUGAAAGCCGUGAGGGCCACGCUCAUCCUGGUGCCUCUCCUGGGGAUCCAGUACAUCCUGCUGCCCUACAAGCCGGAGGGACGCGUGUCCUUCGAGAUAUACGAAUACAUCAUGCACAUACUGAUGCAUUACCAGGGUCUGCUGGUGGCCACCAUCUUCUGCUUUUUCAACGGAGAAGUCCAAGCGGUUCUGAGGAGGCACUGGAACCAGUACCAUAUCCAGUUUGGAAGCAGCGUGGGGAACCACUCCGACGCGCUGCGCUCCGCGUCCUACACGGCGUCCUCCAUCACAGAGGUGCAGGGCUGCUACAGCAUCGACAGCCACACAGAACACAUGAACGGCAAAGGAGGCUUCCACGACGCCGACGGCUCCAUCCUAAAGUCAGACAGCCCCUUCGGCUGACCCAAACGCCCCCCCGGCCCCCUCGUUCUCACCCUUAAAAACACACAUGUUUGGAGCGCAGCGUCAACCAGGGACACCCACCUCUUCCUUUACAUACAAUAUGGGAAGAGACAAGGGAGGAAAUGGAUUGUAAAGUGAGGCUCUGAACCACCUGAAGGCAAUGGUCCCCUCUCUGUCACACCAACAAGAACCCCCCCCCCUCCCCCCCCAGCGGAACUCUACGGUGAGCUCGAUGCAACUAUUCCUGGGCGUUUGUUUUUUUUUGUUGCAAUUUGACACUGAAUUGCCUCACUUGACCUAAGAUGCAUUCUGAUAAUCACAACAUUUUUAGUUUUUAAUGGAUGAAUAUUAACUGCUUGCCUGUAAGCUUUUGGUUACACUGUAAAUGUUGUUGAUAUGGUUAGUGCCAAACCAAGAAAUCUUUGCUCGCCUCAUUUAUUUUAUUUUUAAAACAGAAUUAGAACGAAGGUAGGACGUCCAAUAGGUGCAUAACAAUAUAUUACAGCUAUAUUAUAUCUUUCACAUGUUGAACUUUAUUUAUCUGAACAUAUAAUUAUUGAAUGAAAAAGUAAUAAAUACCGUACAGUAUUUAUUGGUCGUUGACAUUAUACAUGUUUAAAAAUUAGUUGAAUAUGACUUGUUGCCAGCUUUCUGUAAAUGUUCUAUGUAUUUCUUGUUUGUUUCAGUGUACUAAUGCAGAUGAUUUACCAAAUCAUACCGUGAGCUUGUAAGCUUAUUUUUAGAAAUUCUUGCUAAUCUUUGGGUGUGUUUAAGUGAUCCUUAGUGACCUGUGUAUCCUCUAAACCACAUGAUUUCUUGUAACGUAACUUGUUAACACGUUAUCAUCACGCAAAAACAUCUUUAAAUCACAUGUACUCCAAUAUUCACUCAUUACACUUGAAUGUAACAGUGAAGUUACAUAAAUAUAUAUAUAUAGAAAAAUAUAUUCAGUGCACAAUCCCCUUAAAGUAUUUAGGUAAAGAAACUACUUGGUCAGGCUUAGCAAAAGAUCAUGCUUUGGAUUAAAAUAACUAGAGAAAUGGGGUUACAAAAGUAAGAAAGUCAGGUGACAAAUAAGUCAAAGUCUCGCACAACUUUACUAAAAAGGUGCAACUAAGAACAUAAGUCACUUGACAAAUAAUUCACUGUUUGGGUUGAAAUAACUAUUCAAGUGGCACUUUUAAAGAUGGAAGUUAGGUCCAAAAUAAGUCACAGAUUGGGCUAACUUUCGAAGUUGCUGUAAAAUAUGUAACAAAUAAGUAAAUAUUUUAGUUAAAAUAACUUCGGAAGUGGCACAACUAAGUAUGGAAGCAACAUGAUGAAUGAGUCGACGCUGACCAGCAGCGGCCUCCUGCAAAAUCCUCACUCAUUGAUCCCAAUUGCUCACUUUUGCAAAUUGACAUUCCAUCACCUGACCUGGCUCUCAAUACAAUUUGACAACGUGGGUUGUAUACUUCAUUUAAUGCAUUGCUUUUUGUAGGUUUGGCUAUGAACAGUUUUUUGAGAACAGCCUUACAUUGCAUGUGAGUACUGUGUUAAGAUACAUUUGAGAAAAUCCUAACCCGUCUUUUGAGGCAUGAGGCACCAGGGGAUUAUAACACCGUGAAGAAGAGUUCUACAACUGCAUUGUUGACCGUGCUGGGAAUGAUUUUAUCCUCCGUCUCGUGCGGUUGACAUUCCUGAAAUGCACUUGCACCUAUUUGAUUGGCCAUUGCAGUGUGUGUCCAGAUGUUGCAGGAUUUUAUUACAGCAAAUGGUGAGUCUUGGCAGCGCGAGUUGACCUCGUCGAAAGAAAUGACGGAGAUGCGUUUUUGUAGUGCUGACGUCAGUCUGAGCACACGCCUUAUUCAGAGGGGAGGAUAUUAUCAGGUCUCACAAGCUGUGCAACAAAAACAAAUUGUACUGCAACAUUAUUUGUUGAGCAUUUAGCUGAAGCAGGCUGUGUGUAAUCCAAUGAAAUGUUUUUGUAAAUCUAGCUUGUCUGAGAAGAGGGGAAAUUUAACGUGUGUGUAUGCAUGAUUUAUAUGUAGAGUAUUUAUGAGUACCUUGUGCUCUGACGCAUUUUCAACCACAAAGCGUCCGUCUUUAUGUGACAGUGUGUGGGAAGUUGAUACAGAAGUUGUUUGUUCUAGCUGUAUGUUUUAAAAAGGGAGGGUUGGAAAUAGCUUGCAACAAGCUGCUCAGUACGUAUCACUGCCUUCUGUGUGAGUUGAUUCACUUCCUGUGACACAAUGUUUUGUCAGUAUUCUCGUCAUUAAGAGGACUGUGGUGACUUAAAAUCACACUAGCAUUAGAAACCACACACAACAGGUAAAGAUGCAUAUUAAGUCAUUAUUCUGGUUUGAUAAUGUUUGAGGCAAAGGGGUUCAUUUUGGACACAGGAAUAUUUUCUCAGUAUUCUAUGCAACAGGUGUAAUUAUCAGCACACAGUUUAUUAUGUUUUCAAGUCAGAUCUGCAGGACAGUUUCUCCAUUUAAUCAUAAACUAUACAAAUAGCAUUUCUGGCUUUCACAACUCUGAUUUGCAGCAAGCAAUUCAUGUACAAUGAAGCCUCAUUAAACCAAGUCAUUUGUUCUGAAGUGAAGCAUCGUAAUCUUUCAUGAAGCAACAACAAUUUAAUCACAACUGUGGAAAAGCUAGAGGCUUCUAGCAAAUGUAUUAACUCCUAUGUGUAUUAUUUUGGCUGAGUACAGUAUUUUAUGUGUUAUAUAUUUUCAUUUAGCUAUCAAAAGGGUUUGUGACGUCCCCUGUGUUACGUGCAGCUUUUUUCUGUUCUUAAAUACCUUGGUGACAUUUCGUAAAGUACAACGAAAGCAUUGAGGGUCAUUUUAAUGUACUGUAUUUAACUUUUGGUAGUGCUCACACGUUGACUCCUCACUGUUACACUUACACUUAUACAUACAUAUGUAUAUAUGUAUAGGUACAAUUUGUUUGUCUUUUUUAUUAUUUCACUGAAUUAGACAAUGUUGCUAUUUUGUGUGUAUCUGCACACUAAUACAAUAUAGCACAGCACCA